AGCGACUGCUAAACUGGGCCACAGGCAGCAACUCUUUCCUCCUCCAGUCCCUCGUCUUGGCCGUACGGCUCCAACGGGGGCUACAGCCGCAACCAAGGACGUAAAGAUCCAUCAGAAACAGAAUGCAUGUGUGAAGUUUCAUUAUUUAUGUUCAUACAGUUCUGUAUAGUUGGAUGACUAUGAUUCCACAAAGAAGAAGAACUAGCAGUUAGUAAUGCUGAUCUGGAAAACCUAAUAAUUACACCUUCCAAAAUGAAGAAAAAUUGAUUUUCUUUACUUUACAGGAACAGUUGUGCUAUGGAAAGCCCUGAGGACCUCCGUUUCUUUGAAGAAGGAUGUAGCAGCAGCAUAGUUCUUGAAAAAAAAGUUUUUAUAUCCCAAGUACCCGAAUCACAUGUUCAGCUUGCUUGUAGCCUCCAUUACUGUGCUUUUCCUUUGAAUGGAAAUGAGCUUUGCAUUUUGAAAAUCACUGAUGAUCCUGACCACCAGCCAUUACACUUAAUAGGUCAUCACCAUUCAAUUACUGCACUCACAUUUGGGAGCAAAGUCAAUCCACUUCUUAUUUGUUCUGCUUCAAGUGACUAUGUGAUAGUGUGGGAUCUGGAUGAAUGUAUGAAGAAGGUGCUAGAAGGGUUAAUGCCACAAGGUGUUGUUAUAGGAACACUCUUGGGAAUGGUACUUUAUGUCCGAUUUAGUCCAGAUGAUCAGACUGUGGCAGUAUGUGCUGGCAAUAGAAUAUAUAUGCUAAAUGCAAAGAACAAUACUAUACUUGCUGAAUUGGAGGGCCACCUGGCUCCAGUAACUGCUGUUGAGUUUUGUACUUGGGAGAAAAAUAUAUUGAUAUCAGUUUCUGAAGACAGAAGUUUUAAGGUAUGGGAUUAUUGUACUGGAUUGUUAGUAUAUCAAUCAGCAGUAAUAACAGCAUUUCCUCUUUUAAGUCUCUUCAUUGAUGAAGAAAAUAAACAGAUCAUCACUGGAUGUGAAAAUGGACAGCUGUGGACUUUCAGCUUGACUAAUGGGCAUCGGUAUCGUUGUGUGGCACAUAUCAACAUAAAGAAAGAGAGAGAGAAGUUUUACAACAAAAUAAGGAAAUCUGUACAUUUGGAUAAGUAUAAGAAUAUAUCUGCGUCCUCUUCUUCAAAUGAUUUAAGAAAUGAAGAAGCAGUUGAAUCCAUCUUUCCAGUUCUCCAAAUUGAACACUGUGACAAAUCUGCAAAUUUAGAUGAUGAAGAACCCAGUUUUUCUUGUGCAAAUGCCCGAUGUUUAUGGAUAGGAAGCUCUACUGGUUUAUUCAUAAUUAACAUGGCAAACUUUGAAUUGGAAGCAGUUCUACAUUACAGAGAUUUCAGUGCCCUCAGCAUUCAGUUUGCUGGAUCAUGUGCAUUAACAAGGAAAGCAGUCAAUGGUAAGGUUUGUUGUGUGCUAACUUCAAUAUUUGGGAAUAGAAUUGCCUUACUGGAGAUUAAUGUUGCUGCCCUGUUGAGAUCCCAACAAAAUGAACUGCUUUUAAGUGGAGAGGGAAAAGGCCUUUCAGUUGUUGCUAGGUGUUGCCUCCUAUCAACCUCUCCCUUGUGCCUGAAGAAGGAAAAAACCAACCUUGUAAAUAAGAAAGAUAUGAAGAACUCAAUAAAAGACCAGCCACUGGUAUUCCAUAACAAAAUUAAAUCAUCAGGUUACACGUCAGCACCACAAAUGACAAUGUUUUCUCCGAAGACUAAUGCAAAGCAAAACAAUUCAAAGUGCAAGAGAAGAGUCAAACGAAGAAAUGAAGAAUAUCCGCUUAUAAAAUCUCCACCAAACAAAUUUGAGAGGCAGGUUACCGUAGCUGGCAAAUCCACUUCUAUAUGCUGUAUUCAGUAUUCAGGAGAUGGAGAUCUGUUGGCUUGUGGUUUAGCUGACAACACCCUGCUAGCAUUCAAUUCAAAUCUCACAGGACCACCAACUGUUUUUUCAGGGCAUGAUGGUGCAGUUAACUCAGUUGGCUGGAGCCAUGAUAACCACUGGCUUGUUUCAUCUUCUGAAGACCGAACAUUAAGGAUCUGGUCAGUCAGCAGUGCAGAACCUGCUUUAUGUCUGGGAAAGGAAUAUUUUCAUAAACCUAUCAGAUCAGCCCAGUUUUAUUAUAUAGAUACAUAUAUACUGCUGUCUUGUGGAGCAGAGUUUUACUUGUUAAGGUACUACCUUGACACCAGCAAAGACGAGAUUAAACGAUAUAGAAGUAAGAGCAUUUGCAAAUCAAUACAGAAAUUUGCCAUGGCAUCUACAGUGGAAAUUUCCAGUCUUUCAGCCGUAAAUGAAUUCUAUUCUUAUAUUGUUCUGGCAGCUGGUAGUAACCGAGCACUAGAAGUGUUUGACCUCAAUACUGGCUGUAGCGCAGCAGUAAUAACAGAUGUUCAUUCUAGAUCAGUUCACCAAAUUUGCCAAAAUAAGGGAUCAGCUUUUAGCAGUCAGCAAUGUGAAUAUUACAAUCUCUUCUUAACAACAGCUAUUGGUGAUGGCAUCAAACUCUGGGAUUUGAGAACAUUAAGGUGUGAACGCCGUUUUGAAGGUCAUAGCAGCCACUGUCAUCCUUGUGGAAUUGCUGUUUCUCCUUGUGGACGAUUCAUUGCCAGUGGAUCUGAAGAUAAAUGUGCUUACAUAUAUGAGAGGCAUUCAAGCACCUAUUCCCAUAAGUUGACAGGACACACAGAAUCUGUAAUCAAUGUGGCAUUUAGCCCAUCAUCUCCCCAGCUCACCACAGCCACUUUGGAUGGGAAACUGCAUUUGUUCUUACCCUGAAGACCAUCAGCUUUGACAUCCUUGCCCUGCUGAUUUGAAAACAGAUCUCCCUGAAAAAAGGAGAAGAUUGGUUACUGGGCAAGCUACAAUGUAUUUGGUUAAAUUUAGUCUUCCAAAUCCUUUCUGUUUUCUGUUUAUCCCAGGAAGUCAUCUUAAAGGCUUAUUGCUGGUAAACUUAUUUGGCAAGAAGUAAUUUCAUUUGUGAAUAUAGUGAACACUUCCUGCUUCUUCUAUAGCAGAGCAUUAUAGCAUACAUUAUCUUGAAAUUUAACUUCAUCAGUGCUAUGAGUUAGGCAGUUAAAUCCAAUUGGAUCUCAUUAGUGUUAGCUAUGAUAGAGCAAUCUAUAAUAUAUCAGGGAACAUCAAAUUAUAUUUAAGAAAGCUCAUGGCUAGCAGCAUGUUUACAAUUCUGUUAUAUUUUUUGGGAUUUGCGAUGGUUGCCUUCACAACCAGUCCUUUAAAAAUGCAAUAUUUGAGCACCAAAAAACUUGGCACAUGAACAGCAGCUUACUUUGUAACACUUUUGACAACACCCAGUCCUCAAUAAUAAAAUUAUAUUCUAGUCAUUUA